UUUGGCAGAGAGAGUAUUUGCAAAAGGAAAAAUUUAAACAUGGGCACCGUACAGCUGUAAAUAGACAAGUCUAACGACAGUAGACAUGAGAGGCGCCACUGCGGCCUUUUACGGGUGUGCUCUGGGUCUUCUGGCAAUGGGCCUGCGAGAAUUGUUGUUGGGAUUCGAAGAGAAUAGGUGUAACAUGACCUAUAUGUUCGAGCAUCCCCAGUACCGGCGUGUGGCCCUGCCCCGACGCGUGGCCCGCCUGUACCCAGCGUAUGGACUCUACCUGUACGGAGAGGGCCAGUACGCUCAGGACACCCGCAGACUCAAACUGACUGGCGCCCCUGUUCUCUUCCUACCUGGAAAUGCAGGCAGCUACAAACAAGCCCGCUCCUUGGGUUCGGUGGCCCUGCGGAAAGCUGAGGCCCUGGAGGGUGGGGUCCACCUCAAUGUGUUUACCAUCGACUUCAACGAGGAGCUGGUGGCCCUGUAUGGAGGCAGCCUGCACCGGCAGACCCAAUUCUUGCACGAGAGCAUCAAGGCCAUCCUGCGCCUCUACAAGGACCAUGAAGCCCCCCCUCGUAGUGUGGUGUUGGUGGGUCACUCCAUGGGGGGAGUGGUGGCCCGAGCCCUCUUCACCCUGCCCCGCUUCAGCCCUCGCCUGGUCAGCCUCAUCAUCACCCAGGCCUCCCCUCAUCAGGCCCCCAUUCUGUCCCUCGACACACACCUACUGGAGUUCUACGCUGCUGUGAGACAGUGCUGGGUGGAUCGGGCAGAGGACCUGCGCAACGUGACACUUCUCUCCGUGGGGGGUGGUUACCGUGACUACCAGGUGCGCUCCGGCCUCACGGCCCUGCCCUGCCCCCAGGACGACCCCAGCAAGCUGUCUCUGGUGGCUACAGCUAUUCCUAGGACCUGGGUGUCCACGGACCACCUGUCCAUUGUUUGGUGCAAAGAGCUGGUUCUGGCCACUGUGCGGGCUUUCUUUGACCUCAUUGAACCUGAAAUAGGACAGUUUUCAGAUGAUCCAGAGAGGAGAAUGGCUGUCCUGAACCAUCACUUUAUCAGACACCCUGUGCGUCUGCUGGGUGAGCAGCUAAAGAUGCCCAUCUCCCUCUCAGGAUCUCCUGAAGCGUGGAGUGAGGUGAACACACUCCGUCUGGCAUACAGUGCCCCCAAAGAUGGACAAGCCAAGUAUUUCCUGUUUGCCCUCUCCAGUCGCAGGAAAGCCUACAGCCACUUCUACUGUCGCAGCAACAACAUGGAAAUGACUAGCUGGGUUUAUGGUUGCACACAGAUGAAGGGAUCCAUGUGUGUGCAGGCAGUGGAUCUGUCUUUGGGAACAGAGCUUCUCCCAGCUUACAAGGUUCUGACUCUGAGGCUCAGAGUGCUGUCCUCUGUCUCUCACCUCGUUGUGGCUGCCUCUAACCUCAACGGUAGACAGUUCACAGUGGAGUGUGAGUGGCAGAGACAGGAGUCUCAGACCAUCUCUGUGCAAGUACCACACGUUCUGUCCUUUGGCAUGACUGUUAGUGAUGUCACUCUCAACUCCACCGGACUUCUGCACACCAUUGAACUGCAGCAUUUUCACCAGGUCUAUCAGGCGUUCAGAAUCUCAGUCGUAAGCCACUGCAAAGUAACCAAAGCAGACAGACUGCCCAAUGUCUACAGAAUGAAGGUGCCAUGGUUUAGGGAGGACUCAGUUACCACGUCCAGUGUUCCCUCGGUAACAGAGAUAUCGGGCAUGCUCCAUACAAGUCGUCCUGACAACACCUCUGGUGUCCUGCUGCAGCUCCACACUGCCCCCAACUGCCAGUAUAAGGUAUCUGUGAGAACAUCAUUUCCCAGAGUGCUGGGACAGGUUCUGAGGUUCUGUGGGCCCGUGUUGCCUGUGUACACGGCUGUAGCGCUCCUACUGGCCUGUGGGGGGCAGAUGUCCUCUGUGGUGAGGACGGGGCACCCCCUACAGAUGAGCCAGGCCGUGGCCAGAGCCCUGCAGCCCCACAAGGUGGACCUACCCGUCUACCUGCUGCAUCUGCUGCUCAGGUGUAACUGGUUCCGGGAUAGUUGGUCCACUCAUCUCCCACCCUUAGACGCUCUCCCUGCCACCUCCCCAGAUGGUACGACACAGGAGGGGGUGCCCCCAAAUGAAGACUGGCCACGCCUCCUGUCCCCCCUGCUGUAUGUUUUGGGAGCGGCUGUGGCUUUCUGGGGCAGCGCGCUGCUCCGACUCUCUCUACAGCUGCUCUCGUUGUUAUUAGCCCCCCUGCACAGGCCCUCUGUGUCUCUGGACUGCGGCACCCUGCGUAGACGGACUCAGCUCCUCCUCAUCCUGUGUCUGAGCGUGUUGGGUGGGGCUUCCUGUGGAGCCCUGUCAAUCACAGCCACCUUCCUGCUCCAUCUCUACCGAGUUCUGAGGCUACAGAUGACAGAGAGGUCUCUGAGUCAUAUGCUGAACCUGGCGCCUGAGAAACAGAGAGACCAAGACAACAGAACUUGCAACAAAGAGAAAAGCACUGGGGACAGUGAGGCCCUGAACAGCAAACCUAAAGAAUGUAACGGCGCCCCCCUGCUGUCGGACUCAGUACUGCAGGAUGUGAGAGAUGAUCUGCAGCUGCACCUCAGCCUGUCUGCUCUCCUCACUCUUCCAGUCAUGCUCUGUGCGCCAUCACUGAUCCACUGGACCCGCAACCUCAGAUAUUCUGCUGCUCGAUUGGAUCCUGACCCUUGCUGGCCACACACCGUGCCUCUCCUCAUGGCCUCUGUGCUGCUCAUCAACUGUAACACACUCACUCUCAGCUACAGUACAACCCUGCCUAGCACAUCCCGCCUGCUGCUGCCUCUCUCUGUUGCCAUGGUGACCUUCUCCCCACUCCAUCUAUACCGAGUAACCUACUUCCUGUCUGCAGCCCUGGUUCCACUGGCUGUUUCCUUUCUCUUCUGAGCUCUGCUGGUACCUGCGCUGGGCCUAUCACUCAGCAGACUCACAGAACCGGGUCAGGCCCCCAAACUGGUCGAAGCUAGUCUGGCCUGGGGUUGAGCUCCCCUUUCAGGUCCUGGAGGUCCUAUGCAGCAGAGCCAUAGAAAUACAUAGUUUGUGAAACUGUCCACCAUGAUGGCUCCAAGCAUUCCAUUACAAUAACAUUUGCAUUCCAUUCUUAGGAGAAUAUAAUUGUCAUGGAGCUUUUAGUGCAAACAUGGCUCCCAUUGGAAUUCCCAGUCUUAAACCAUGUUUGCCUUACUCUGUAUAUGUAUGGCUCUGCCUUCAAGGAGCAUGACGCAAUCACUCGAAAGACACUCCUGAUACUAGUGGUUCUCAACAGGGUAUUGCUCUCAUUGUUUUACAUAUUGGUGAUUUGUAUUUCCUACAACUGUAAUUUAAUAUAUUUUAGUAUAAUUGUGGUAAUGUGAGUAUGAUGGGAUGUGUCUCAGUUUAUUGGAUGUCUGUUUAUUAGACAUGGACAAAUGUUUGCCCAUCCCCAUUGACCCUAAACAUUCUGGCCUGUCUUGUUGUUAACUUUGAUCAAACCCACUAUCAUGAACUUAGCACAGUUGAAUGCAUUCAGUUGUACAACAGACUAGGUAUCCCCCUUUCCUUUCCUUUACUCUGUCACUAGUAAGACAUAAAAUAUGCAUAAGUAAGCAGUCUUGAGCUGUCAAGUUUUGCAAUAAGGGUUGCAAAACUACAUGUAAUUUACUAUUUAACAUUUUUCAUGUUAAAUUUUUUUUCUUCUAUCUUUUACAUAUUAUGAAAAUUACCUAAAAUCCUUAAGUGUCCAAUAAUCUGUUUAGUUUUCUUGUUCAAUUUUGCAACCCUAGUUGCAAUGACGUCAUGCAGCUGUACGCAAGAUGACUGUGGCUAACUCGCUUGCUUGGCUAGCUAUUGUAACUGCACAGGACAUGUUCCGUCAUGCUAAUGACAGUGUAAAGGUUUACAAGGGAGAAUUAGCGUAAACUAACCGUCAUUGCUUAGUCUGUGUAUGAAUUGUUUUCUCUUCUUUUGUUGCGGUAAUCUCUCUCAUAACACACCCACAACUGUUUCUACCUUCUGUUGCAAUCAUCCAGUUCAAAACGCAGGUGAUUAGUUAUUGAAAGUGGAGCUCUUAACUACAUAAACAGUUCUUAGCCAAGUAUGGUCAUUAUUAUGUAGUAUGUGGCCAUGGCUAUGAAUGUUAUUGGGUAGUCUCAAUCUAAAGUGAAAGGGUCCUCACUACCUACCAUAUCAUGAGGAAGGGAUGACACUGCACACUUAACUUAAUUCAGUUGUGCAAUGUUGUAGGAAGGUUAUACAGAGUUAGAUGCUAUUCCACAUCAUAGCACUAGGGGAUAACGUGACGUUGUAUCUACGUCGUAACAUAACUAUCUGAGCAGUUUUGCUACUGUAUGCAUCUCUUUGGACGGAGUCAAGGUCGACAUCAUCCAUACUAGAGUAUUUUAGAUCUGAUAUUACCUUGCAAACGAAUGUGACUUUGGCGUUCUAUUGCAAGCUACUGUGUGUUACUCUUACUGACUAACAAAAUGUCCUCCCAUUUUGAAGAGCUAGCUUGAAAAGGAGGGCUAUUUGGCUAGAAAAUAUUUGAUUAAUGUCGUUAAGUGGCCAUGGCCACUAUUAUUCACUGGAAGAGUCUUUACUUACUUGGAAAACAUCAGCACUUGGUAUUUCCUCUACUGUUCCCUAAUGUGUGUGUGUGUGUGUGUGUGUGUGUGUGUGUGUGUGUGUGUGUGUACACUUUUGAUGCUCACCAGCACCCCUCAUCACCAGCUGUGUUGGCAACCCUUGGUCAAAGCAGCUAGUGCCUUUCAGCCGAUAUGACCGUUCCCCUCCACGCAUUCACUCCUAUCUGCCUGUCAAUCAAGACACUUUGAGUAUAGGGCAUAAGAUUGUCACAUAGACCAGCAUCUCUGACAUGUGACUCGUCUCAGCCUCGGUGGUCAUCUGAGUGCAACAGCACAACCGUAGUGAGCAUAACCUUUGCUUGUAGCUGUCUUAACACUUUCAUUAGCAAGACAGACAGAUGUCAUAAACAAAGGUUACGGUGCCUUCAGAAAGUAUUCAUAACCCUUGACUUAUUCCACAUUUUGUUGUUAAA